AUGUCAUCACCCCGUGUGACUGCAAGGGGAGCAGCACUCCAAGGUCUCAAACCGACAAUGGUGGAAAGCCGCAAAAGUCGAUGGAGUUAUGGGAUUGGGGUACAUCGAGCUUUUGAUCCUGACCUCGACAGCGAUGGAAAUGAGGACAGCUUCCCGGCAAAUGGAAUGCGCGUUACAGGAUGUAUCCAAUGGCUUAUCAGAUGGGAUGACAACGUCAAAGAGAAGGCCAAAUGGAUCCACGGAUGUAUAACCAUGAAAAGAACCGGCAGUGCUACAGAGACUGUUGGUGACCGACCUUCUGUUGAAUUGCCCCAGGGGGAAAAGUUAACGACACAGGCAAGUCCAGGUUAA